CUGCAUGUGAACUACAGGAGCCAGUAGCUGCUGCAGCGGAGGUGACAUCACGAAGCUCCAGCGUUGACAGAGCAGAAAUCUUUGCCCCUCAGAGAUGACAGCCAGAGAGCACCGCGGCCAUUAGCCAAACACCGACCUUCAUGCGCUUUUUAUUUAUUUAUUUGACGACAGCUCGCAGACCAACGAUGCUGCGCGACUGUCACUAAUCCCCCGAACAGCUGGAAGCGCUCACCACGCCUGUCUGAACGCUGAUCAUUCAAACAGCCAUUGUGUCGUCUUCUGCAACUUCAUCAUGCUGCUACUGGACCGCAGCGAUAAAAUCAACCUUCACAUCAGCCGUGAAUCAGCGUGAUCUGAAGUUGGGCUAACAGCCGACGAUGGUGUGCGUCAGAGCUUUUCUGCAGAUGAUGAGACAAAGGGUGAAGCUGGACCGGGUCAGAGAACUGGGCCGACAGUAUCCAGUCUUCUGCUUCCUGCUGCUGGUCCUGUUGUUGUCCACUGUGCUUUUAAAUCGAUAUAUUCACAUUAUGAUGGUGUUUUGGUCCUUCCUGGCUGGAGUUGUCACCUUUUAUUGUUCAUUGGGACCCGAGUCUCUGCUGCCCAAUAUCUUAGUCUCUAUAAAACCAAAGACCAAGUCAUUCCAGCAGGAACUGUUUCCUCAGGGCCAUAGUUGUGCUGUUUGUGGCAAAAUUAAAUGCAAACGACACAGACCGACUUUGUUACUGGAAAACUAUCAGCCAUGGCUCGAUCUGAAAGUUCCCUCCAAGGUGGAUGCUUCUCUUUCAGAGAUUCUGGAGCUCGUUUUGGAAAAUUUUGUGUAUCCUUGGUACAGAGACAUCACAGACGAUGAAGCGUUUGUCGAUGAGCUCAGAGUGACUCUGCGUUUCUUUGCGGCUGUGUUGGUUCGUCGAACUCAAAAGGUGGAUGUGGCUUCGCUCAUCACAAAAAAGCUUCUCAAAGUAUCAUUGAAACAUAUCGAAAUCAUUAGCAAAGGAAGGCAGAAAGUAAAGAGCACGGAGUAUCUUCAACAAGCUGCCCUGGAGGAGUAUGGCCCUGAUCUCCACAUGGCCCUUCGUAGUCGUAGAGAUGAGCUUCUUUACCUCAGGAAGCUGACUGAGAUGCUUUUCCCUUACGUCCUGCCGCCCAAAGCUGUAGAGUGCAGAUCUCUUUCUCUCCUAAUACGAGAAGUCUUGGCUGGUUCUGUCUUCCUUCCUUCAAUGGACUACCUGGCUGAUCCUGACACGGUGAAUCAUUUAAUAUUGAUAUUUAUCGACAAUUCUCCACCUGAAGAAGCCACAGAGCCUGCUUCAGCAAUGGUUCCGUUUCUACAAAAGUACUCUGACUUCCGCAACAAAAAGCCCUCCGUGCUGAAGUUGGAGCUGAAGGAAAUCAGAGAACAGCAAGACCUCCUCUUUCGUUUUAUGAACUUCCUCAAACAAGAAGGAGCUGUCCACGUGCUCCAGUUCUGCCUCGCAGUCGAGGAGUUCAACGACAGGAUUUUGUGUCCGGAGCUGUCGGACUCAGAGAAGCUGAUGCUUCACGAAGAGGUGAAGAAGAUCUAUGAGACUUACUGCUUGGACGAGAACGUGGACAAGAUCCGCUUUGACCCGUUCAUAGUGGAAGAAAUACGAAACGUUGCUCAGGGUCCGUUUGCAGAUGUGGUGAAACUGCAGACCAUGAGGUGCCUGUUUGAAGCCUACGAGCACGUGCUCUUCCUCCUGGAAACUGUUUUCACCCCCAUGUUCUGUCACAGCGAUGAGUACUUUCGGCAGCUCCUGAGAGGAGCGGAGUCCCCGAGCAGAAACUCCAAGAUGAGCAGAACUAGCCUGAGUUUGGAUGACAUCCGGAACACGUCAAAGAGGGGCGAGUCCUUCGGGAUCAGCCGCAUUGGCAGUAAGAUCAAAGGAGUGUUCAAAAGCACAACCAUGGAGGGUGCCAUGCUGCCGUCCUACGGGCUGGUAGAAGGAGAGGACGACAUGGUGGAGGAAGCCAUGAUGGUGCUGGAGGACGACUCCCCCGUGGAGGCCGUCUCCACCCCCAGCACCCCUCGAAACCUCUCGGCCUGGAGCAUCACGAUCCCGUACAUCGAUUUCUACGACGACGACGUGAAGCGGGAGCGAAUUCCCGUGUUCUGUAUCGACGUGGAGCGCAACGACCGCAAAGCAGUGGGGCACGAGACUGAGCACUGGUCUGUGUACAGAAGAUAUCUGGAGUUUUAUGUCCUUGAAUCAAAGCUCACGGAGUUUCAUGGAUCAUUUCCAGAUGCGCAGUUGCCUUCCAAGAGAAUAAUCGGCCCCAAGAAUUAUGAGUUUCUAAGAUCGAAGCGGGAGGAGUUCCAGGAGUAUCUACAGAGGCUUCUGCAGCACCCUGAGCUGAGCAACAGCCAGCUGCUGGCCGACUUCCUGUCCCCCCACAGCAUGGAGUCCCAGUUCCUGGACAAGAUGUUACCGGACGUGAAUCUGGGUAAAAUCAUCAAGUCGGUGCCCAGCAAACUGAUAAAAGAGAAAGGACAACAUCUGGAGCCUUUCAUCCAGUCCUUCUUCAACUCCUGUGAGUCUCCCAAACCCAAACCCAGUCGCCCUGAACUCACUAUCCUGAGCCCCACGUCUGAAAACGACAAAAAGCUCUUUAAUGACCUCUUCAAAAAUAACGCCAGCCGCUCAGAGACGGUGGAGAAAAGACAUAACCAAAACUACUUCAUGGAAAUGAUCACCGUUGAAGGCGUGUACGACUACUUAAUGUAUGUGGGUCGGGUUGUCUUCCAUAUUCCUGACUGGUUUCACCACCUGCUAAUGGGCGGCAGGAUCCUGUUCAAGAACACGCUGGAGGCCUACACAGAUUAUUACCUUCAGUCCAAGCUCAACCAGGUGGUCCAGGAGCACCGGCUCGUCUCUCUCAUCACUCUGCUCAGAGACACGGUGUUCUGUGAGAGCAGCCCGCCACGCUCAGCCCAGGACAAACAGAGCCGAGCCAAGAGGACGUUCGAUGAGAUGAUGCACUACAUCCCAGAUGUUUUGGGCAAAUGUAUUGGAGAGGAGGCCAAAUAUGAAGGUGUGCGUCUGCUCUUUGACGGACUGCAGCAGCCGGUCCUCAACAAACAGCUGACAUACGUGCUGCUUGACAUCACCAUUCAAGAACUUUUUCCUGAACUGAACAAGCAGGCGCAGAAGGAGGCAUCUCUGAUGGCGCCGUGGAUGUGAAGUGGACAUGAUUACCAUCAGCCAACGUGGCGCUCUGCCGUGAACUCACCCUGAACUAACCCAAACACCCGUUCACCUCUAACACCCUUGCGUUAACAGAAAACCUGGCUCAUCCAACCGUAACGCUUCAAAUCUGGAAUAAAUUGUCUUUCUUUACGUCUCGGAUCAUCUUGUGGUGCUGAGAAUGGCUCCUCAUGAAUUCUGUAAGGUUAUUUUAAACCAUCCGUUAAAGAUCGAACUC